AUGACUCCCCCCACAACUGGUCGAAAGACGUCAAAUGAAAAUAUUUCGCCAACCACAUCAAACAAAGCUGAUGAUGACAAUUCUGAUACCAGAAACAACAAUAGUAUUUUUUCAUCAACACCCAAUAAUCCAAGCCGAUCUAUAGAGCGUCCUGAAGUUCUGAGAAGGACGACCUUUGACUACGAUUUUGUGGCAAAGAGUGUCUUGUUGCCAUCACAAAUUCUGGAAAAUUUGGCAAAAUUAAAAUUGGACACAUCAUUACCAGUUGACUCCUCAUUUCCGGUUUCCGAAACUCCCUCAGCACUAAGUUUGAACUACGGAUUGAGCUCUGACUAUGGCGUAGAGCCGUCAAGGAUAAUAAAGCCUCCGUCGCGCAUUAGUUUGCCAGGUGCUGGUUUACAAGAUUACCCGACUGACCAAACAUCUAGUCCUGAUGACGAGAGUAGGACAAUAACCAACCCUAAUCAGAGCAUAAGCACCUUAUUCGACGAUGACCAAGACUUGAACUCAGUAACUUCGUCUCAAGCACUUACCGUUGAUGAAGAGAGUUCAUCACUUUCGCUGGAAACCCGAGAGAAUGUGGCAUUGGGGAAGUCAUCAUAUUUAAACAAUGUCAAUUACAUAAGGGACCACUUGGAUUUUUUAAACCAAAACUUGAAUGCCAACCGAUCACCUAGAAGUUCAGACUCGAAAUAUCUGGAUUUUGCCAACAUAUUACCAGACACAAUACCUGGAUAUAGUUUGGUGAAACAGUUCGGGAAUAUUAGCUAUCAAACUAAUCUUUUGUAUCAUGGAGUAAAAGUUGGCUUUACUAACGAUGUCGACAAUGAGAACUUGAUUUGCAAGUUGGCCAGUGAUAAGAAAAACUUUAUCGAGAUUAACGCAAAAGUUGUUUUGAGUAUAUCACCGAACAUUUUGAAGAACUUGUCGCUUUCAAGGCUCCUUAAUGAAUGGUUUAUUCUAUCAGGCACAAACCCUCCAAAGACGCAUUUAUUGUGGUCGAAUGAAACUUUAACCAAUAAUUUCAUCACCGAUACUGAGCGGCCAAAGCUACAAAAGGACAAAAAGCAUGGUCUCAGCACUUUACCAUUGGGAAUUCCCGGCAUACUAUAUCCGGUAGAAAUUCUCACUUUUAGAUUUGUCGGUGAACAGGACGUGGAUUUAAUUGGCAAGAAUAUGAAAAAGCAAAAACGUGUAGCGUUAGUUUACAACGACAAUGAUUACAAAUCCUUCCGAGAGUAUAGUUGCGGGUCUCUUGAAUUACAUCCAGAGAGAAAUUCAUCCACUUCAUCCAAUAACUCAGGGGUACGUUCAAUAAAGAGUGCAAACUCAGCAUCCCAAAACACACCUAGUGAUUCCAUAGAUCAGUCAAAUGGGUUCUUUAAUGGAGUAGGUGCAAUUGGUGCCACAAGCUCUACAAAUUCUUUGUUCAACAAGUUGACAGAGCAAGUUACGAGCAGUCCCAAGACCCCUUUAAAGGUUAUUGAGAUAAUUUCUGAUAUGAUUAAGGUUGUUGAAACAUUGGGAAUUGUACAUGAGCUUGGAUUUGUUCAUAAUGGUAUAACCAGUAUGAAUUUGUUGAAGUCUGAAAAUGAUCAGAAUGAUAUCAAGAUUACUGGUUGGGAAUUUGCAUUUUGUCAUAUUGAAGAUUGUAUCUACGGAUAUAGAAAGAACCAUUUGAACGAAAUAUCCGAUUUGAUCCCUUACAUGGCCCCUGAGGUGUCUGGUGUCGUUAAUCAAAUGGUGGACCACAGAUCUGACUUUUACUCCCUUGGUAUAGUCAUGUAUGAAUUGCUAUUGGGAACUUUACCAUUUCAAAGUGAUGAUCCGAAUUCAAUUGUGCGAAUGCAUAUUUUCCAAAAACCAGUUGCUCCUCAUUUGUUGGCACCAAGUUGGAUCACAGAGAAGUUAGGUGUUACCAUUAUGAGAUGUCUUGAAAAAAAUCCACUUGAUAGAUAUCUUGAUUGUUACUCCUUGCUAAGUGACUUGAUUUUGAUCAAGAAUCACUAUAUUGAUAGGGUUAGUUCCAUGGGUGAGCUAGUAUGGAACCAUUGGAAAAAGACGGGAGAUUUUGAUAUCUAUCUCAACAAGGAAAAAUUGAAACUUCCGGAAAAAGUGGGCCACAGUCCCACCUUCACUUGUCCAGCAAAAUUCAUAGGUCGUGAUGAGGUGUACAAAAGAAUAUUUGACGAGUACAACAACACCUUUGAUGGAGGUGUCAAUUUGUUUUGGAUAAGCGGUAAAAGCGGUGUCGGAAAGACCAUUAUUUUGAAUGAUAUGCGUGUAGGGGCAUUUUUCAAAUAUGACUUUUAUUGUGUUUGGAAGUUCUCUUGUUCAGAUACAGGUAACUCAAUAUAUUCAAUACUCUUGGAAGGAAUCAAAACAAUUAUUGGUCAAAUCUUGGAAUGCUCUGAGGAAAUACAAGAUAGUUGGAGGGAUUUGAUUGUCACCAACAUUCCAUUAGAUUUGAGCAUAUUAUUUUACCUCAUCCCCCAAUUGAGAAAACUAUUGGGUCAAAAGUAUAUUUCUAUAUAUCAGCACAAACUGGGAGCAAACUCACCAGGGGGUGUAAUUAAAGAGGAAGCAACUUCAACUUUGGAAGUGAAGUUUAGAGCGAUUAUAAAAUCGUUUUACAGGGUUGUUGGUUUGCAGGGUUUAACAAUUUUCAUCGAUGAUGUGCAUUGGUGUACAGAAGAAUCAUGGCAACUAUUGUGUGAUAUGUUGAAUUUCGACGAUGAGACCGACAUUAGUGAAAUGAGUUUGAAGAUGGUUGCCACUUUUACAAUAGAUGCUAAACAGUUUCAAGAAAAUAUUGACAGUGUUGAGAAGGAGAAACGAUUCAAGGAUUACGUUGCCAGAUCCAACAUGUCGUUGCAUGUAUUCGACGUACCAAAAGUCCCCGGAGAUGCUUACAAAAGCUGGAUUGUGCAAGUAAUUGGAGCAAACUCGUCGUCAUCGAAGCAUGACAGUGUACACCUGCACGCACCACAGCAAAGCAGCAUGUCUUCAAUGAUUAAUAAGACUACAACUGAAAAGAAGAACCACAAAUCUUCGAACGCAAUCAAUACCACAGUCACUAAUGCCUUAAAGUUUUAUGACUCCACCGAGGGCAACGUUAUGCUAGCUCAGUAUGCGAUAAGUAUGGCUCGAUUUUCACAGCAUUGUUAUUAUGUCAGUCACUCCAAUUACGGUCGAUUCGUUGUCGAUAAUUUGUCACCUGAGAUCUAUGGGACGAACAGAAAUGAGAUAAUUCAAAAUUUUAUCACCGCGUCGAUUACUCCCGACGUUGAAUGUCUACUUGAGUUUGCGGCAAUCAUUUCUCAAGGACCAGGUUUUCAUUUGUCUGACUUGAUUGUGGCAUCUGCCUUACCGAUGGACAGAGUUUUUAAAGCCUUGUCGAUUAUGGUUGAUUCAAAGCUACUUUUACCAACAACCACCUACUACAAGGUUCCAUUCGAUUUACUCUGCUCUAGUGAGUCGCCAUUUGAUUUAACCGAUAAUGAUAUUUGGGAGUUAGCGUCACAUUGCAGCUAUAGAUUCUUUUAUGAUUCGUUAAUGGUUCAUAUCAUUUCCGACUUGGUGGCCACUGAGAGGUACAAGGAUUUAUCAAGACUUUGUGCUUUGAGGUUCCACAAAACCAUAAGCAAGGAAAAGACCUUGAACAUAGGGGGGUAUCUACAAAUGGCAGGAUAUUUUCGUAACUCCUUUCAAGCUGCGAAACUGGAGGAGAAAGAGUUGUAUAUUGAGGUCUUGGUCCAAGCUGGUAGGUAUGCAUCAUCGACUUAUAACAUGAAGUUAGCGCAAAAGUUAUUUGAAGUCGUGGGUGAACUAGUUGAUGAUCUUGACUCGAAACGUCAGCUUAAAUCAAUAUUGACUGUUUCACAGAACCAUUACUACUUCGGUGAGUAUGACAAAUGCUUGGAAGUAAUGAACAGUGCACAAGAAAAGUACGGAUUUGAUCGAAUCGUGUUUUUAUACCAAUUGGUUCGAUGUAAAAUUCAGAUGGGGGAUAUCGACGAAGCCAUAAAAAUUAGUUUCGAGAGCUUACCCAAACUUGGGAUCACAAUCAGUGCCGAUGAGGAGCAGAACAUUAAAGACUAUGAAAAGCUCAAAUCCAAGAUACCAAUGUCAAUACCCGAUAUUAGAAAUAUCUUGAGGGCAAAAACAACAGAAUCUCCAAAACUUUUGCUCAUUUAUCAUUUGAUAAGUCAUCUUUUGCCUUCUUUGGUUGUGUUUCGGAAGAACGCCAGUAGAAAGCUUUUGGUUGUGCAAGCAAUGCAGGCAAUUUACAAACAUGGACCUUCGCCUUUUGCUGCUAUGAUUAUCAUUGACUUUGCUUCUGAUUUUGCAAGUCAAUUCACAUCCGCAGGCCAAUUGAAAGCCAAGGAGCUUUGUAAAGUGGCUAUGAUUUUGGUCAAUCGGGCAAACAACGUUUCAAUUAAUUAUUAUCGCGAGAUGUAUCAAGUUUACGUUUUUACUUUAGCUGUUUACUUUGAGCCAAUGCCUGUGGUUCUAAAGUAUUUCGAAACAAUCUCAGAAAACACCCAAAAUGAUGUGUUACUGGGAUUUGGAGAAUUGCGCAUGGUGAUGGCCACUGUGAAUAUCUUUGUAUUUCUUAUUGGCGGUAAAGCCUAUGAUAUGUCUUAUCUGGUGAAGAGAAGGAAAUCUCAAAGACAAAGAUUUGGAAUGCUUGACGAUCAAAAAUUUAUUUUUGAUUCUGAAGAUUGCGUGCUUGGGUCUCUAUCAGUUACCGAUUAUCAAGCACGCUACGAGGCAAUGAUGAUAAACGAGCAGAAUUUAAGUCAACUGUGUUACAUUGUUGUGGUGUUGAAUGGUAUGAUGGUGGACAAGAGAUAUGACGAAGGUGUCGAAUUAAUUUUAAACAAGUAUCACCAAGCUAUUGAAUCAUUCCCACUUUUGUUUUACACUACUCACUACUUUUAUGUAUCAGCUGUUCUCAUUACCUUUGCAUCAAAAGGAGAUGCGAAAAUAGAAGCCAAAAAGACAGCCAUUUUUAAUGAUAUCUACCUACGAAUGAAGUUAUGGGCAUCGACUAAUGAGCACACCUUUGGCAACAGAGUCAUUUUUUUACUGGCUUUGAAAGCAAUCAGAGACGGUGAUGCUGAUCUGUUGGAUAUUCUUGACAUAUUUGAGGAUGCUAUCGAGCACGGUGCAAAGGUGCAAAACUGGUACGAUGUAUCCUGGAUAAGUGUAUUUUGUGCUAGAUGGCUUGUAAAAUGCGACAAGAGCAAACGAAGAGUAGGUCAGUUAGCCAAGCGAGCAAUCGACAUUAUGAGGAAAUUAGAGUUCCAAGAGUUUGUCAAGCAAUUGGAAGAAGAAUUUGAAAAGUAUCUUGAGCAAGACUCGUCGAUGUAUAACUGGGCUGGUAUCAACAGCACUAAACAACAAGAAGGAAGGGCAAGAUACUCAAGGACAAUACCUUCCAACUUACCCAUCAGCACUGAUGAUACUGUUAGUGAAGACAUGAAGUCACAAAUGAAAUUGAAUAGAAAGUCAAGAAAAUCCAGACACAGAACUAAUAAGAAUGCAAAUACUAACACUGCAUAUGAUUUGAAUUCGACAAUACAAGCGUGUUUGGGUAUAUCUGAGGCAAGUGAUGAGAGGACCAUUUUGAUUGAAUUGUUGACUUGCGCUAUCAAGUUUGCCGAGGUUGAUUACGGCGUGGUUGUAUAUCUGAAUGGAGAGCCAAAAAUCCAAGCUGUUGGUUCAGCUCAACACAUAUACAGCUUGAACGAAGAGCCAUUAAGUUCAAGAAUAGACGUUUGUCCUUAUCAAUUGUUGGUUCAUGUUUUGGAAACUGGAGAGAGUGUCAACAAGGAAGAUGACCAUAUUGCUUUUGCCAACCGAUUUGGGAAGGAUCCAUAUUAUAACUAUAACUCUUGCUCCACUAUCUUGUGUAUUCCUUUGAAGAAUCAAUUCGGAAUCUUUGGUGCAUUAUAUUUGGAAGUGGAUUCAAGGAAGGACAAAAAGAAGGCGAUUUUUGAUGGCAGAAAGCGUGAUUUGUUAAACUUGUUUUGUACCCAAGCAUCUGUAGCAAUGGGUAAAGCAAGGUUGAUUUCUCAAAUGGAAGUUGCCAAGAUGGCAGCAGAGGACGCUACGGCAGAAAAGGCAAGCUUCUUGGCCAACAUGUCCCAUGAAAUCAGAACUCCAUUUAAUUCGUUGUUAUCAUGCUCAAUUUUUUUAUUAGACACACCUUUGAAUUCAACACAAAGAGAGUAUGUUGAGGCCAUCAAGAGUUCAGCAAUGGUUACAUUGAACAUUAUCGAUGGUAUAUUGGCAUUUUCCAAGAUUGAACAUGGAUCAUUUACGUUGGAGAAUUCGCCAUUUUCACUCAAUGAUUGUAUUGAAAGUGCCAUACAAUUGGGAGGUGAGCAGGUUGUUGACAAUGAUUUGGAAUUGGUGUUUUUUAAUAAUUGUCCUCAAAUUAACACUGUUACCGGAGAUGUUACCCGUGUAAGACAAAUCAUCAUCAAUUUAGUUGGUAAUGCCAUGAAAUUCACGACUCAUGGUCACAUAAUCAUUAAUUGCAAUGCAAUGGAAUUAACAUCUGAUAGAUACGAAAUUACUAUAUCAGUUGAAGAUACUGGUAUAGGUAUUCCUGAAUCAUCACAAAAUAAAGUAUUUGGAGCCUUUUCACAAGUUGAUGGAUCAUCACGACGUGAGUUUGGUGGCUCCGGCUUGGGUUUGGCCAUAUCAAAGAAAUUGGCUGAUUUAAUGGGUGGUGAUAUCAGAUUUGAAAGUCAAGAAGGUGUUGGAAGCACUUUUUACUUUAAUGUUAGUUUCAAUGUCCUGUUGUUUGAUAAACCAAAGAUUGAUUUAGAGGGUAAAUCAGCAUUGAUCUUGAAUAAAUUGGAUUUAACCGGUGCUUCAUUGAAGAAUAUGUUGACAUUUUUCAAAUUGUCGGUAGAUGAUGUACGUAAUGCCAACGAAAUUGAGGAUGUUAUUGCGUAUGAUUUCUUAUUUAUCAAUUUGGACGAGUAUGACGAGUUUAGCCAAAUGGAAUCUCGAUUGAAAUCAAAUGCCAAAGUUGUCAUUUUGGCACAAUUUGGUAAGCCAUUGACUGGGGAAAGUAGCAAAUAUGAAGCAUUGUUAUGUCCUUUCCAACGAGAACGAGUAGUGAGAUUACUUCGAGAUUCUAAAGCUGAAACGAGGCCUAGCGAAACUACACCGGCUCUAUUAGCUGAUGAAUAUCCAUUGAGAAUUCUUCUUGCAGAAGAUAAUUUGUUGAAUUAUAAAGUUGCGUUGAAAUAUUUAGAAAAAUUAGGUUUCAAUGCUGACCAUGCAAAAGAUGGAGUUGAAGUGUUGAAGCAGUGUGAUUUACUAUUGGAAAAGGGUGAGAAAUAUGAUGUAAUUUUGAUGGAUAUCCAAAUGCCUACAAAAGAUGGUAUUACUGCCACCAAAGAAUUGAUUGAAAAAUAUACCAAAUUGGAAAAGCAAGAUUUCAUUCCCAAGAUUGUUGCAUUGACGGCAAAUGUUGCUGGGGAUGAUCGAGAAAAGUGCAUUGAAUGUGGUAUGGUUGAUUUUGUGUCGAAACCGAUACUACCAAAUGAAUUGAAACGAGUUUUAACUCAGUUGGGAGAACUGUUGGAGGAAGAGAAAAUGAGUAAGGCAAAUUAA